UUAUGGAAGGAGAGACGACGGCAUGCUAGACACGUUUUCAAAAAACCUACAUCGAGGGAACGUGUAUUAUUAUCAGUAUUAUUAUUAUUAUUAUUAUUUUUAUUAUUAUUACUAUUAUUAGUGAAAAACCCGAGACAAACAGUCGAGAUGGUGUCUUAUAAGCGACUGAGCCCAGAGGAUGUCCAGUUCACCAACGCUGCUGCUUCAGAGGAGGCUCCUGUACGGGAGGAGGGGAAGGACCCAGAGGAGACAGAGCGCCCCCUGCUGCCUCGGAGGCCCUCCUGUUCUGCCACCACGGCCCUCAUCUCCCUGGGCUCCCUGCUGCUCCUGGUCUGUGGCCUCUGGCUUCUGGUGACCAUCUUCUGGCUCCAAGCCCCCUCCAACAGCGCCCCCCACAGGGCCCCGCCGCCCAGGGGCUCCCCAGGGACGGGUGGGGGAGACGGGAGUAGAGCCCUACCAGAGCCCCAGGCUUGUGGAGUGGUCCCAGAGGCCUGGAGGUUUGACUGCUACCCAGAGAGAGGGGUGGUGGUGACCAGGGAGUUGUGUGAGGCGAGGAACUGUUGCUUCAUCCCUGCCUCCUCCUUCCCCCCUGCCCCGGGGAGGAACGGUGUUCCCUGGUGUUUCUACCCUCCUGGGUUCCCCUCCUACUCCCUGGUGUCUGUUAACACCACAGACGUGGGUCAGACGGGAACUCUGGUGAAGACGGUGAAGACCUACUACCCUAAAGACAUUCUGACCUUACAGCUGGAGCUCCUCUAUGAGACAGACAACAGGCUCCGAGUCAGGAUCACCGACCCGUCUGAGUCGCGAUUCGAGGUGCCAAUCGCCGUGCCCAAGGCCACAGAGAAGGCCUCUAGUCCCGCCUACUCUGUGGAGCUGUCCAAUGAGCCGUUUGGCAUCAUCGUUAAGAGAACUUCCACAGGAGCUGUGCUCCUCAACACCACGGUAGCUCCUCUGUUCUACUGUGACCAGUUCCUCCAGCUGUCCAGCAGUCUGUCCAGUCAGUACAUCUAUGGGCUGGGAGAACACCGCUCCUCCUUCCUACACGACAUCCACUGGAACACCCUCACCAUGUGGGCUAGAGACGUGGCGCCCACGGAGCUGACUAACCUGUACGGGGUUCAUCCCUUCUACCUGGCGAUAGAUGAGGGAGGGACGGGGACAGCACAUGGAUUCUUCCUGCUCAACAGCAACGCGAUGGACGUCGUCCUCCAGCCGGGCCCUGCCAUCACCUGGCGCACCAUCGGUGGGAUCCUGGACUUCUACGUCUUUCUGGGUCCCGAUCCGGCCUCUGUGAUUGGACAGUAUUUGGAGGUCGUAGGUUACCCCGCCAUGCCGGUCUACUGGGCGCUGGGGUACCAUCUCUGUCGCUGGGGUUACGGAAGUAGCAAUGCCACCUGGGACGUCGUCAAGAACAUGAGGAACUAUGGGAUACCUCAGUGGAAUGAUAUAGACUACAUGGACCGUUCUCUAGACUUCACCUUUGACCCCACGGCCUUCUCGACCCUGCCUGACAUGGUGAAAGACCUGCACAGCCACGGACAGCGCUACGUCAUGAUGCUGGACCCGGGUAUCAGUAGUGUCCAGCCAGAAGGAGGGUACUGGCCGUAUGACGAAGGUCUGAGGAGAGGAGUCUUCAUCAACCACACAGAUGGAAGCACAAUCAUCGGGAAGGUGUGGCCAGGUCUGACAGCGUUUCCUGAUUUCUCUGAUGAUGUGACCCAUGAGUGGUGGUACGACAAUCUCAAGAGGUUCCACGACAAAGUUCCCUUCGACGGACUCUGGAUCGACAUGAACGAGCCAUCUAGCUUCGUGGACGGGUCGACCGUUGGCUGUCCUGACACCGAGCUGGAGAACCCUCCGUACACACCUGGUAUAUUAGGAGGGUUGUUGAGGGCUAAGACUCUGUGUGCCUCUGCUGUCCAGAAGACCUCGUCUCACUACAACAUGCACAGCCUGUAUGGCCUUCUAGAAGCUAAGGCCUCGGCUCG